AUGAGCGCCUUCCUAGCCAGGGCGUCUCCCUUGAAGGCAACAGCCUCCAAGGGCUGCAGCAGAGCUCCCUUCUCUCUGCACCGUCUCAACCACAUCUCCUCCACUUCCAGCUUCAACUCGUCCCGAUCUGGACUCCACCAACAUCGCAUCCAAACACGAUUCUACUCGGCUGACAAGCAGCCCCUUGGCGAGAACAAACCCGACAGCGUCCCCAAGGGUUUCGAGAACUUUUUUGGAAAGGUCCUCCGCGAUGCUGCCAAGAAGGCCGAGAACAGCGGACAACAGCAGGCUUCAAAGUCAGGAAACAGCGGAAAUAGUGGCAGCAGCGGUCAAAAGGGUUCUUCCAACAACAACACCCCUCACGAGAACCACAACUCUGAGCGCAGCAGCCAGAACAAAGGAAACAGCAGCAACAACCAAGGCGGAAGCCAGCGUCCUCCUAACCGCAAGCCUGUUCCUCCUCCAGAGGGCCAGUUCUAUCAGAUGAAGUUUAACCCCAACACCGUCCUCCCUAUUGCCUUCACCACUUACGUUCUCUACAAGGCCAUGUCGCCAUCGGACAACACCCGCGAGAUCACCUGGCAGGAGUUCAGAUCGACCUUCUUGGAUCGCGGAUUGGUGGAUCGUCUCGUUGUCUUGAACAGGAACAGAGUCAAGGUCUUCUUGCGCGGUGAUGCCCCCGGCCAGAUCCCUGGUACUUUGGGUCAGCCCCACGGAACGACCUACACAUUCAGCAUUGGAUCGGUUGAGGCUUUUGAGCGCAAGUUGGAUGAGGCACAGUCAGAGCUUGGAAUUCCUGGAUCGGAGCGCAUCCCAGUCUCUUACAGGGAUGAGGUCAACGUUCUAGGCACCCUGAUUCACUUUGCACCUACCCUGUUGUUGGUCGGUGUUCUCGUCUACAUGGCCAAGAAGGGAGGCGGAGGAGCAGGACAGGGCAUCUUUGGCGUCGGCAAGUCCAAGGCCAAGCUGUUCAACCAGGAGACUGACAUUACCGUCAAGUUCAAGGAUGUUGCAGGAAUGGACGAGGCCAAGGUUGAGAUUAUGGAAUUUGUCAAGUUCUUGAAGAACCCUGCCGCUUACGAGAAACUGGGUGCCAAGAUCCCUAAGGGCGCUAUUCUCAGUGGACCUCCCGGAACAGGAAAGACGCUUUUGGCCAAGGCUACUGCCGGUGAGGCCGGCGUCCCCUUCUUGAGCGUUUCAGGAUCAGAAUUCGUGGAGAUGUUUGUCGGUGUCGGAGCGUCUCGUGUCCGCGAUCUCUUUGCCAGCGCUAAGAAGCAUGCUCCUUGUAUUAUCUUUGUCGACGAGAUUGAUGCCAUCGGAAAGGCUCGUGGAAAGGGUGGUCAGUUUGGCGGUAACGACGAGCGUGAGAGCACCUUGAACCAGCUGUUGGUCGAGAUGGACGGUUUCGGAUCGCAUGAGCACGUUGUUGUCUUGGCAGGAACCAACAGACCCGAUGUUUUGGACGAUGCCUUGAUGAGACCUGGUCGUUUCGAUCGCCACAUUGCCAUUGACCGUCCCGACAUCAAGGGCAGAGGCGACAUUUUCAAGGUUCACUUGAGACCCAUCAAGACUGAAGAGGAUAUUCCCAGACUGGCACAGAAGCUGGCAGCUCUUACCCCUGGAUUCUCUGGAGCUGAUAUCCACAACGUCUGUAACGAGGCUGCUCUCAUUGCGGCUAGACACAACAAGGAGACUGUGGUCGAGGCUGACUUUGAGGCUGCGAUUGAGCGCGUCAUUGUUGGUUUGGAGAAGAAGUCCAAGGUGUUGUCGCCCGAGGAGAAGAAGACUGUUGCCUACCACGAGGCUGGUCAUGCUGUUGCAGGAUGGUACUUGGAGCACGCCGAUCCCUUGUUGAAGGUUUCUAUCAUCCCUCGCGGAGUUGGCGCUCUCGGAUAUGCCCAGUACUUGCCCAAGGACCAGUACUUGUACUCGACUCAGCAGCUCAUGGACCGCAUGUGCAUGACUCUUGGCGGACGUGUUUCUGAGCAUAUCUUUUUCGGCACCAUCACCACUGGUGCUCAGGAUGAUCUCCAAAAGGUCACCAAGAUGGCCUAUGCCCAAGUGGCCACCUACGGAAUGGACACUGAGCUUGGACCCCUGUCAUACGGCAACCCCGAUAAAGAGAACCAGUUCACCAAGCCCUACAGUGAGCAGACUGGCCAGCUGAUCGAUAACCAGGUGCGGUCAUUGAUCGGCAAGGCAUUCCGCAAGACGACCAACCUUUUGACCGAGAAGCGUGCCGAUGUCGAGAAGGUUGCCAAGCUGUUGAUGGAGAAAGAGGUCUUGAACCGCGCAGAUAUGGAGCGUCUCCUUGGCAAACGCCCCUUCCAGGACAAGUUACACGAGCUCUUGGGAACUGAGGUCACUGCCCAGGACGAGCAGUACGCUAACGGCUCUACAUCUGCACCCACUACCGACUCUCCUCCUCCUCCUCCUCCUGCAUCAUCCUCCACCACUCCUCCAACUGUAUAG